ACUGUAUAAACCUGUAGAGUGAAGACCGGCCGCGCUAGUUACCGGAUAACCUGAUAAUUACCUCAUUUACCUCUGUUAAUCGGAAAAUUAACUGUACUAAAAAUGUCAGCAUUUGAACAUUUUUUGACUAAUUCUGAUGACGAUAUUGAAAAUUUUGAAGAAAAUGAUGUUAAAGAUCUAAAAAAUGUUAUUUUUUUUAAAGAAAACUGUGUUGCAAAGGUUGCCGAUGUUGAAAAUGUAAAUAAUGUUGAAAAUGAUGAUGUUGAAAGUGAUGUUUUGACCCCAGUAAUUACAGGGACCAAACGUCGCCGGACCGUGCUGUCAAUCGCCCAGAAAGCAGACCUAAUCCGCCGACUGCAGAAUGGCGAAUCGCAGAGACGAUUGGCCAUCGAAUUCGGGAUUGGAACCUCUACGGUCUCAGAUCUCAAGAAAAAUCAGACUGAAAUCCUCCAUUACGUAGAGACCAACGGAGACCUGCUGGCCAAGACCAGGAGAAAACUAGAGACCGGAGCCAAAGCUGAUGUGGAAGAGGCCGUUUUCGAUUGGCUGAUCAAGGAAGUUAGUGGAGGACGAGAAGUUAUGUCAAGUGAAGUAACGACGCAGGCCAGAGAACAACAUACUAUGCUACGAGGCAACGGGGAGUUCCGUGCUAGUUCUGGUUGGCUCGAGCGCUUCAAGAGGCGAUAUAACAUACGUUCAUUCAAGCCCGAGGAUGUUGCGUCCUGGCGACCAAUGAUAUCAAGGGUUACGUCUGAUGGUUCAUUGAGAGUUAUGUCUGAUGCUGCCUCGAGGGUAAUGUCUAAUGGUACUGCUAGAAUUAAGGUCACUAGGGGUAGACGUAGAGGUAGGCCGCCCUUAACACGUUUGAGUGAUAGGAGAUUGAAUAACUCUUCGAUGAUUGAAUUCUCGGGAAAUUAUAAAAUUGGUUCAAUGACUCCAUCCGUCAAAUCGGAAAUUGAAGAAAACAUGGAUGAUCAACCCGACGCGGACUUGCCGCUCGAUACCCAAAACACCCUUCAGCCGCUGAUCAGCUUACAGGAAGGCGAUGUAGCAUUGGGUAUGCCAGCGGUGGAAGAAAUUCCUUCGGUAACAGAUGCAGCGAGUUACCUCUCGAAGGCACUUGUUUGGGCUGCGGCACAACCUGACACAACGCCCCAGGAGCUUUUUGUUAUCAAACAAUUGCAGACGAAGGCAGCCAUCAAAUGUUUAAUGCAAACGUCACAAUAAUCAAUGGAAGUUUGUUUAAUGCAGGGUUAGCAAUGACAAUAGAAGGCGUUAAAUCAAGUGUGACAGUGAUCAGCAGAAAGUGUUUAAUGCAAGUGUGACAGUGAUCAACAGAGUGUUUAAUGAAAGUUUGACAGUGAUCAACAGAAAGUGUUUAAUGCAAGUGUGACAGUGAUCAACAGAAAGUGUUUGAUGCAAGUAUUUCAGUGAUCAACAGAAAGUGUUUAAUGCAAGUGUGACAGUGAUCAACAGAAAGUGUUUAAUGUAAGCGUCACAAUGCUCAAUAGAAAAUGUUUAAUGUGUUACAGUGAUCAACAGAAAGUGUUUGAUGCAAGUGCGAGUGAUCAAAGCUGUGACCUGGUGCUACGUAUCAAAUGACUAAACAAUGCAUUUCAGAAUUACAGUGUUGAUAUAAGACAUUAUUAUACUUGUAAGCUUUAGACAUAAACGUUAUGCAUAUAAACAUCACACGUAUACUAGACAUGUAAACAUUAUACAUAUGAACAUCAGACAAACACAAACAUCAGACACAUAAACAUUAUAUAUAAUUAUCAGGCAGCUAUCAAACAGGGAGGUACUACCGCCGGGGAAGAUAUUGAAAGCAUAAUGUGUUGUCUAAUGGUAGACCCUGCUGCCAUAUGGCAUCACCAAAAUUGUGACCAAGGCUCAGGUUGCUGAACUGACUUUAUGCCUCAUUUACAAAAUUGCAGGGUUUCAAUUGUGUCUCUUGCUUUGACAACACACAUUAAAUAUAUAUAUAUA